CGGCAAUCGGCGGUGGAGAAUCGGGCGGCGCGGAACGGCAGGCUGCUUCCCGCUGGCGAAAGUGCGGGCGCGGAGCGCGGCCGGCCUUUACCUGCGGGCGGGAGAAAAGGGGCCGGGCCCGGGAGAUGGCGGCCGGCGCGGCGGGGGCUGCGCCGGGGGCACCGCGGCGCCCUGCGGUGGGGAAGGGGCCCGCCACGCUGAGGGCGAGGGAUUAACUUACACCGGGGUCCCGUCCCCACCCCACCCCCCCCGCCCCGGGGCUUGUUCUCCCGCCCCGGCGGCACCUCGGCCCCUGCCGGGGACGGCAGCGUGGAAAGGCGGGUUUGUUCCCCCGCCGCCCCGCUAUCCGUCCGUCCGUCCGUCCGUCCGUCCGUCCCCGCCGGCUGCCGCAGCGCCGGGCCCCGGGAGCGGGGCUGCUCCCCGCAGCGAGGAAGAAAGAAGAAUGUCACAAAAACACCUGAAAGAAGCCUUUAUCAGCAACUUAAAUGGAACUAGUUUGCUGGAAAUUUCCCUAGGCUUGUCUGUAGCCCCGCUCUGCCUGCUUUGCAGAGGUCUCCUCUUGAUUUUAUAUUACCUGCACUAUGGGAAACGAUUAAGUUCAAGGACAUACAGCCUGCUGCUAGACUUCCUUGUGCUAGUAUCUCCUCUCCUGUUCUCCUGCACGGUCUUGUCUCCAGUCGCCUUUUUGACACCAACUAUCAUUGCAGCCUUCUGUGCCGGGAUAUUUUCUAAAAUAUACAGCCGAAGAAAACAGAAGACCAGCGUGCCUUUUAGGCAAAUGGUAAAAGACUUCCAGGAGACAUACUUGGAUCCAGAAUACAUUCCAGCAAUAACUGUGUUUCGCGUUUAUGUCAACGUGUUGACAUCAAUCAGCAUUUUAGCAGUGGAUUUCCCGCAGUAUCCAAGGCGAUACGCCAAAGCCGAGACCUAUGGAACAGGAGUUAUGGAUCUGGGGGUUGGAGCUUUUAUUUUUGCUAAUGCUCUCGUUUGUCCUGAGGUUAGACAAAAGUCUUACGUGACGCAACCAAAAUUUUCCAAUCUGGGCAGGCAGAUCUUUUCCGUUUGGCCGUUGAUUUUUCUUGGCGUUGGACGACUGCUUAGUGUUAAAUCCAUAGACUAUCAUGAACAUACGUCCGAGUACGGAGUGCACUGGAAUUUUUUCUUUACCUUAGCAUUUGUGAGGCUCGCAGCAUCUCUACUUUUAGCCAUAUUUCCAAUAAAUAAAUCUUGGAUUGUUGCUUUAAAUCUCGCAGUACUUUAUCAGCUUAUUCUUAACACUACCUCUCUGAAGACGUUUAUCCUGCAUGGGAGCGACGGCAGAGAUACUAGGGUUGGCUUUUUAAAUGCCAACAGGGAAGGACUGCUCUCUCUUUUUGGAUAUCUAGCCAUAUAUAUGGCGAGCGUCCAAGUGGGACUCUGUCUGCAGAAGUGCAGAAACUCUGUCAAAGGCUGGACUGAAGCAGCCUGUUUCUUCCUGCUGACAGUUUUCGUGCUCUUUGUAUUUCUUCACGUGUCGCAAGCGUACGCGGACCCCGUCUCCCGCCGGAUGGCGAACCUAUCCUACUGCAUAUGGGUGGUUGCUCACUGUCUGGCUUUCUUCAGCUGUAGUGUAGUGACUGAUCUCAUGUUGGUGUUCACAAAGCUUCUGGUGAAGGGGUCCAGCGUGCCCUGUUGCUGGAACGUUGUAAAGCCCCCCAGUACCAGUACAAAGCACGCGACAGAGGCCUCGCCUAUCGGCAGGGAAGGCAAACCUUCGCACGUUUGCCUGAUUAGCGCUAUUAAUAAAAACCAAUUACUAUUUUUCUUGCUAGCAAAUGUUAUGACUGGUACUGUGAAUAUGCUGAUAGAUACAAUCAGCAGCAAGGCUGCAUUUACGUUAUGUGUGCUGCACUUGUAUAUGUUUUUUAACUGUUUAAUUAUGCACAUACUGCAUGCCAAAAAUAUAGUAUUAAAGUUUUGGUGAUUCCACUCUG